UAUGGAUUCCGAAAUAAUUGAAACUGAAGCAAGUUUACAAACAUAUAAAUCACAGCUCGAUCAAGUUAAUCAGGCAAUCGAGGUGUCUACUGAAGAGAAUGAGGAUCUAAAUGAAUUGCAAACAAACUUAAAAGAAUUAGUUAAAAUAACUGAAGAAAGUCUAUUAUCACUGAAAAAGAAGCAAUUAAUGUCUUUAUAUGUUGAUGAGGGAGAGACAUCCAGUCCAAAAAAGAAAGAUGAAACGGAUGAAGAUAAUGAUAUAUCUGGUACAAAGUGUAAGGCACCUUUCAGAUCAUCAUGGGGAGCUUUAGAGUACGCAAAUGCAAUAAUAAUGCACGUAGACGAAUCAGCAGAUUUAGAUGAUCCAAAAGUUAUCGUUAUAUUCUGUACACCAAAAUAUCCUAAAAUGCGAACAUGUCCACAUUUUAUGAAUAAUAAAUGUAGAUACGAAGAAGAAGAUAAGUGCAGAUUCAAUCAUGGUUAUUCUGUUAAAGUAAACGAAUUGAACGUAUACGAAGAGCCAGAUUUUGAUUUUGUUUCUAUAGAAUCAAAAUGUCUUGCAAUUGAUACCACAGAUGAAUUGUGGUAUCUUGCAACAGUUGUUGAUUUACACGAAGAUAGUUCAAUAUCAAUAACGUUCGAUCAAGAACAUCCUAAAGUUGUAAGAAGAUUGGAAAGACAGCAAAUUUUUCCUCUUCAUCAUGACUUUGAAGAAGAAAGUGAAAAUUCAGAUAACGAAGGUAACGAAACGUGGUGUCCAACACGUACAAUUAAGGAGGAGAAUGUAGACAACUCUCAAAUAGGCUAUUGGGAAAAAUAUACAAAGGGUAUCGGUUCAAAGUUAAUGCUUAAAAUGGGUUACGUAGUAGGCGAAGGAUUAGGAAAGAGUAAUAAAGGAAGAUCUGAACCUGUUCCAAUAGUUGUAUUACCACCAGGUAAAUCUCUAGAUAGAAUAAUGAAUAUGAAAGAAAGGAAAUUAGGUAACGUCGAUACUACUAAUACACGAAUAAAAAAGAAAAAUCCCCUUCAAAAGGACGUUUUUAAAUUUCUUAAUAAGAAAUUAAGUACUAAACAUAAAAAAGAUAAAACUACGACACUUCCGUCCGCUCAUAAAACCAGAAGAGAAAUUAGUGAAAAAGAUCUAGAGCAGAGAAAUGAUAAAUCAUUAAAUGUUCAAAUGUUCAAAACUGAACAAGAGUUAAGAGUUGUAAAUAAAGAAAUAGAUAGAUUAGAGAAUUCUAUAAAAAGAAACGAAGGAAAAGAUACAAGAGUCUAUAAACAUAUGAUUGAAAAAUUAAAGGAAACUCAAGAUUAUAAAAGAAGAUUAGAACAAUCAAAUAAAACAAUAAAUGCUCACAAAGAAAAGAGAAAUAAUAAGAAGAAAAUGACGAUUUUUUAA